CUUACUGUCACAUCGAAAAUCGUAGAGUGACAAAACUUCAAUGGCGUAUCAUCAACACUACACAAUUGAUAGCUGUUUUGGUUGAAAUAAAGGAAACCCCCACACAAAAUGAGUGAAUUUCUGAAAUCAGCGAUGGGCUAUUUCAAUUCGGGCACGAAUGGCACCUUUGACAACGAAUUUGUUGGCCAGAUCGUCGAUGUAGGCUCUAUUAAAUUGCAAGUUAAACGAGUGAUUGCUGAAGGUGGAUUUGGCUUCGUAUUUGUCGUCCAAGACUUACAAAAUGGCGAAGAGUACGCCCUAAAAAGACUGCUAGGAGCUGAUAAGCAAGCAUGCAACAACAUCAUACGCGAAAUCAACUUACACAAGCAGGUCUCCGGACAUCCGAACAUUAUCAAGUACAUAGCCGCAACGUAUAUCGAUCGAACUGGCAGUGCACAGGGAAAUGCAGAAUAUUUACUAGUUUCGGAAUUGUGCAAAGGUGGAUCGUUGAUAGACUGCAUGGGCACUCAGUUAGAACCGGAAACAGUAUUGAAAGUGUUUUACCAAGCGUGUCAAGCAGUAAAGCAUUUACACUCUCAAAGUAUGCCGAUCACACAUAGAGAUAUUAAGAUUGAGAAUCUAUUGCUGGGAACCGAUGGACUACUGAAACUCUGUGACUUCGGUUCAGCGACAACUGAUGUUUUUUACCCGGAUGUAACGUGGAAUGCUCAAAAACGAGACAAUCUCGAAGACCAACUGGCUAGUGUAACGACACCGAUGUACCGAUCGCCCGAACAGUUAGAUAUGUGGGCGAACUAUCCGAUUGGAGUCCAAACCGAUGUUUGGGCAUUGGGCUGUGUUCUGUAUUAUUUGUGCUUUCGAAAGCAUCCGUACGAAGAUUCGGCUAAGCUCGGCAUUAUAAACGCCAAUUUUACCAUGCCCGGUGAUGCUCGGUAUUCCUGUUUUCAUGACGUGAUCAAGGGAUGCUUUCAGGUAGAUCCAAAUAAACGAUUUGAUAUUUCAACCAUUUUGGAUCGGCUGGCUGCAAUAUCCGAAACGAAAGGUUGGCCGUUGAAAGGUCCAUUGAAUAUAAAAGGUAAACCAUUAAAUACUCCGCCAGCGGUAACACCAAAUCCCAGUCCAAUGCAUUCGGCGAAUAGAAAUCCACAAUCGUCAAAUCAAUCACAUGUACAUCCACCGAAUCGUCCCGCACCGCCGCGGCCCGAAACGAUCAAUCAUUCAAAUAGAUCAGUUCCUCAACGUCCACCAGACAUUACUAGAAUCAAUAAUUCGCAUCAUCAGGACGUUCCAUCCUCGGCUAGCAUGGGUGGUGGUUUGUUUUCAUCAAUCAAAGGUGGGGCUGGAAGUUUCUUAAAAAAUUUGAAGGACACAUCGUCCAAGGUGAUGCAAACAGUGCAACAGAGCAUUGCACGAACGGAUCUCGAUAUCAGUGCCAUAACAUCACGUAUAAUGGUCAUGCCAUGCCCAUCUGAAGGACUGGAAUCAGCUUACAAGACUAAUAGCAUUGAUGACAUCAAGCUGUACAUUGAGAGUAGGUUUACGCCAGCGAAAAUUAGUGUUUACAAUUUGGGCUCAAGAACUUGUCCCCGGCUACCGCCUCCGAUUCGGACCAUCGAAGGCAGUUUUCUAUAUCCGUUACAAAUGCGAGCACCACUAUUAGCCGGAUUGUAUUCGAUGGUUGAAGACAUGUUUGGAUUUUUGAGUGCUGAUCCGAAAAGUGUGAUAUUCGUACAGAGCGCUGACGGCGGAAAGGGUACAGCAGCGAUGAUUGUUUGUGCUCUACUUACAUACGCCACCCUAGUGGUCGAACCAGAAGAUGCCAUGCAAAUUUUUGCCGUUAAACGAGCACCGCCCAAUCUGAGACCAUCGGAACUCAGAUAUUUAUAUUACAUGGGAGAUUUAGUUCGGUCAACGCCACAUUAUCCUCAUUACAAACCCGUUACGUUGAUGUCAAUUACAUGCAGUCCCGUUCCUCGAAUGACACGAGCCCGAGAUGGUUGCCGAGUGUUCGUGGAAGUGUCGUGUAACGAUAAAGUUAUUGUCACAACGCUGCAAGAAUACGACAGAAUGAGAUUAUACCAUGCCAGUGAGGGUCAAUUUACCGUUAAUUUGAAUGCAACCGUUUGCGGUGAUUUCAUGAUAUCCGUGUACCAUGCACGUAACGCGCUGAAAGGAAUGGGACGACCGCAAGGCAUAAAAGUUUGCCAAUUCCAAAUGCAUACCGGUUUCAUAACUGAAGAAGAAACGCUUAUACAUCUGGACAAAUCGGAACUGGAUGAUUUACCGGACGAUGAACACAUUCCAAUGAACUUUUCCGUAUCCGUUCCAAUAGCGGUUAGUUCGUCCGAACGGCCUCCAGCAAGCAAUCCACCCUGGAUGUCGAAUAAAUCGUCUAGAAAUGCGUCGUUGCUGUUCUCUUCUCAAUUGGAAUAUGAAGAGAAUGUGGAAAAUUUCAUCUCAAAACCAACUGCAAAAUCAUCGUGUCCACCUCCUCGACCAUCUAAUCCACCGCCGAGACCAGUUGCACCGCCUUCACCAUUACCGCCAAGAUUAGAACCGGAGCAGAAGGCCGAAGACGUUGACUUGUUGAAUAUCAGCCAACCGAAACCAGAGACAAUAGCGAAAAAUCUUCCGAAAGAGCCCAGUUUCGAUCUGUUGGGCGGAUUCGAAUCAUCGGCGCACACACAGCCACCACCUCCAGACGUUAUAGGCAAUGCACCGAAAAAUCCUCCAGGCCUAGACGAUAUUUUCAAUUUAGGAUCAUCCCAACAGUCAUCCGCCUACGACGAUCUGAAUCUAAACUUUAACGCUUUCGCUCAACCAAAUCCGAACGUUAACAGUCAAAGUGGCAAUGGGAUAUCGUAUGAGAAAAAUAGCAUGAGCUUCGAUCCAUUCGGCAAUGGAUUCGGGGAUAGUGGUAAUGUGCCGUUGAAACCUAUGAAUCCAUCACAACAACCAAGUAAAGAAUCAUCACCACAGCAGUCACAGCACCCGCAACCGACAAACAGAGAUCCGUUUGCAGAUAUCGCAGACCUAGCUUCCGGCCUGAAUAUGAAUUGGACAGCAACACAACCGCAAAAUGUCAAAUCAGCAGGACCCAGUCCCUAUGCAACAAAUGUGUCCAGUCCGUCACAUCAGUAUGGAAGUAGCACGUCGUCACCGCGAGCUACACCAUACCAUCAAACGAAUAGUCCGAGCGAACCGCAACAGCCGUCAAAGCCGGACUACAGUCGAUCUCAUUUCGACCAGAGUAAUGGUACACAGAAACCGAAAACCGGCGGUGGCCUUGGUGGCGACAUUUUCGCCGACAUUCUCGGUCAGCAGGGCUACAAUUUUGCGAGUAAAUCGAACACAGGUCCGCGAUCGAUAAAUGAGAUGCGGAAGGAGGAAUUGAUCAAAGAUAUGGACCCAGUCAAGCUGAAAAUAUUAGAAUGGACUGAAGGGAAGAAAAGUAAUAUACGAGCGCUAAUGUGCUCGAUGCACACAGUUUUAUGGGCCGACGCCAAGUGGGUGAAAUGUGAAAUGCAUCAAUUGGUGACUGCAGCGGAUGUGAAGAAAAUGUACCGGAAAGCCUGCUUAGCCGUUCAUCCUGACAAGCAAAUGGGCACGGAAAAUGAAAAUGUUGCGAAAUUGAUUUUCAUGGAAUUAAAUAACGCAUGGACCGACUUUGAAAAUGACGCAUCACAACAAAAUAUAUUUGCCUCGUAAAUUGCAAUUUAAAAGAAAAAAGUGGAAAAAUUUAUUCUUUUUUAGUUAACCAGAUAUACAAAUGUUCGCAAGUUAUUUCAGUUUUAUGCUAAAAAAAAUGAAAAAAAAAAUUUAAAAGAAAAAAUCUUGAAGGACUAGAUUUGUCUCUAAAUCGUUUUAAAACAAAAAAAAAAUAAAAGAAGAAAAAGCAAGAAUAAGAGAACUCUAUUAAAUAGUAAUGAAUGUAUAUUUUGUUGAACUAAUGACUAGAUUAAAAAGAAGAAAAUAUAUUUAUUAAAGAAUUCUAAA